AUGUCCGACCAAUAUUCGCUCAACGUCCGCUUUUGCGAGAUUUGUGCUGGAUUCCUCAGUGAGGGCGGUAAGGACAGUGUCCCAUCCUUGACCAGAGCGCUUGAUACGAUCGCUAGUGAUCUUGCAAGAAAUGAGGAUCUGAGAAUUCGGAUGGGGUCGGAUGGUCCUUCGAUAUGGCCGUCCCUCCAACAGUUAUGGAAUUUUCUUGCGGACUAUCCCUCAGCGGACGCCGAUGUCCCAGCCUUGCGCAUCCUCGUAAUAAGCGUCGCUAGAUUCACCAGGAAUCUCGUCGCAAGCGUUGCAGAAAACCAACGGAACGCAUUUGGAGUCGAGCCGGCUCUCCGACGUAUUCUGCAUCUAUACAGCUCCUGGUCUGCGAUUCAAAUCACGGACUCUUUUCCGGCUACUAGGAUGGCAGUCCAAGCCCUUUCAAACAUCGUUACCACCAAUGAGGAUCUCACGUCUCGCCUUUGGAAGACUUAUCUUUCCCUGCCCGAGGAACAGGUGGUUCUAAUUCGCUUGCUCGGCUCCCCUGACCCUAAAACUAUCCUAUCACUCUUGAUACUUAUGGUUAAUUGCAUUCACAAUAGUGCUCAGCGUCGUUCUUUACUCACGAGAUCACGUGUGGGAGCCCGAAUCUGUAUAACACUUUUGGACCGCAUGGUCUCAUUACACGAUGCGGAGGAAUCAAGUGACGGCGCAAAGGCGUUUGACUACGGGUAUCAUUUAUUUGCCCACUUGUUUGACGGCGGCUUUGCACCAGACCUAUACAAUUCCCUGUCUGUUGAAGGGGAAGUAAUUGCGCCGCAUCAAACUACUCUUCUCAAACUGCUCGAUUCGUACCUGCAGUCAUCGAAAAUGUGUCCUAUACAUUGUGAUAUGUGCCCUAUGUUGUCGGAGAUUUUUUUCUGCCUCUCGUCAUAUUCUCAGUCAGCGAUCAGACGAGCUAUCAAACCCAGCAAUUCGGAGCCUUUGGAAGGUACCAACGAACACCCACAAGAACUUGAUUUAUUGCUGCCGAAAACGUGCGAGGCACUCGUAUUAGCAGUUCAAUGUAUCGUGAAGAUUUCAUUGCUAUCCGAGGAGCAACGGACAAUGGAUACGUCCGCUGAAGAUUUACGAGCGACCUUCCGAGACGCUACCUCAACCGACGAACUUUUACGCCUCCUUGACGCGUUUCUUCCACGUAUUUACUUUGGAAAGGCUGUCAUACAACCUGUGACGGAUCGAACUAUCCCAUCGUCGGCCGCGGAACCCAGUGGAUUCUCUUAUCUAAAACGAGACCUUGUGCGUUUGGUCGGGGUGCUUUGCCAUCGAGAUGCGAUAUUUCAGGACCGCAUUCGAGUAUGUGGGGGUAUUGCCGUUAUUAUGAAUAUGUGUGUUGUGGACGAGCGCAACCCAUACCUUCGAGAACAUGCUAUAUUAACACUUCGGAAUCUGUUGGACGGCAACAAGGAAAACCAGGACGAAAUCAACAGCAUUCAACCAUCGGGGUAUUGGGAUGAAGCAGGAGUACUGCAUGAGAAGGUUGGAGCUACCCUUAGAUAG